AUGUAUCGUCAAGUGCUCUUGCAUGAAGACGAUCGGCGAUAUCAGCGAAUUCUAUGGCGGAAGGAUGACAAGAUAGUGACGUUUCAAUUAAAUACGCUCACAUUCGGCGUUGCUUCUUCACCAUUCCUCGCCAUUCGCACUUUAAACCAACUGGCGGACGAUGAGCGACAAGAGUUCCCCAGAGCGGCCGAAAUUCUUAAGAAUCAUGUAUACGUAGAUGAUUUAUUAACUGGUGCGGAAACUAUCAAAGACGCUCGAAUGAUUAGGGAUGAAAUAACCGCAUUGUUAGCGCGGGGUGGUUUUACCAUUCGACAGUGGGCGUCUAAUGACACGCGAGUGAUUGAGGAUCUAGCCGACAACGCGUUACACGCGAACUUGACGUUUAAUAGCGAUUGUUCUUUACAAGCAUUGGGGGUGUCGUGGGACACGCGUAACGAUAGUCUAUGUAUCGCAGUACAUUCGAUUGAAAAUUCAGAACCGUUAACAAAACGGAAUAUCUUAUCGAGCAUUGCUAAAAUUUUCGAUCCGCUGGGAUUAUUAGGUCCAGUGGUGUUACAUGCUAAACGACUAAUACAGGACGUUUGGAAAUGCGGAACGCAUUGGGAUGAAUCUGUUCCGCAGAGUAUCCACACAGAAUGGUCGGAAUUCACCCGACAAUUAGGUUCACUGCACCAGGUUUCAUUUGAUCGAAAAUUAUUAGUAGAGAAUCGAAAGAACAUUGAGAUACACGGAUUUUGCGACGCGAGCGAAGUCGGAUACGGAGCGUGUCUGUAUAUUCGAUCGACGGGAAGAGGCAGCGGUAUUAUCAGUAAAUUGUUAUGUGCCAAGUCAAGAGUCGCACCGGUAAAACCUGUUACUAUACCGCGCCUCGAACUUUGCGGCGCAUUAUUGUUAGCAAGGUUACAUCGCGAAGUUAGUCACGCGCUAAAUUUCGUGCCCGAUAGAACGAUUUUUUGGUACGAUUCAACCAUUGUAAUGCAUUGGUUGAAAACGUCGCCUCAUCGACUUAAAACUUACGUGGCGAAUCGUGUCGUCGAAGUACAAGAGUUAACCAAGUCGAUUGAGUGGCGACAUAUUAGAUCGGAAGACAAUCCGGCCGAAGGGGUCAACUACCGCACGCCUUUUUGCAAAAUAAAAUAUGGCAUACCGGACCUUCGUGGUUAA